GGUGGAGUCUAGGGAGUGUAUUGUCUUCUGGGUGGAACCCCGGUGGGCUGAGCUGAGCCUGGAGCGGUCAGGGAAACGUCCUAGUGGGCGAGGCCCCGGCCUUGUGGGCGGGGCCUGAGCAGCGCAGGUCUCAGGAUGGAUGGGCGUGGUUAAGGGUCAGCGUGCUAGGGCUGGGGGAGGUGUCCUCAGGGCUGAACCCCUGCAAGGUGGGCGGGGCCUGGAGCGGACUUCCCUUCGGAGGUCUCCCGACAUCGCUCGGCCGGGGGUCCAGCCUCCCUCGCCAUGGACACCAGCGACCUGUUUGCCAGCUGCAGAAAGGGGGACGUGGGCCGUGUGCGGUACCUGCUGGAGCAACGAGACGUGGAGGUGAACGUGCGGGACAAAUGGGACAGCACCCCUUUGUACUAUGCCUGCCUCUGUGGGCAUGAGGAGUUGGUGCGCUACCUAUUGGCUAACGGAGCCCGCUGUGAAGCCAACACUUUCGACGGAGAGCGGUGUCUCUAUGGGGCGCUGAGUGACCCCAUUCGCCGUGCACUGCGGGACUACAAACAGGUCACCGCAUCCUGCAGGAGGCGGGAUUACUACGACGAUUUCCUGCAGCGGCUUCUGGAACAGGGCAUCCACAGUGAUGUGGUCUUCGUGGUACACGGAAAGCCGUUCCGAGCGCACCGCUGUGUCCUAGGUGCUCGCAGCACUUACUUCGCCAACAUGCUGGACACCAAGUGGAAGGGCAAGAGCGUUGUGGUUCUCAGGCACCCGCUGAUCAACCCGGUGGCCUUUGGGGCUCUGCUGCAGUACCUGUACACAGGCCGCCUAGACAUCGGUGUGGAGCAUGUUAGUGACUGUGAACGCCUGGCCAAGCAGUGCCAGCUGUGGGACCUGCUCGAGGACCUGGAGGCUAAAUGUGAGAAGGUGUCCGAAUUCGUGGCUUCCAAGCCUGGCACAUGUGUGAAGGUGCUGACUAUUGAGCCCCCUCCAGCAGAUCCCCGGUUGCGGGAGGAUAUGGCACUGCUGGCUGGCUGCGCCCUGCCACCUGAGUUGCGGGGUGACCUAGGAGAGCUGCCCUUCCCAUGCCCCGAUGGCUUCAGCAGCUGCCCUGAUAUCUGCUUCCGAGUGGCUGACUCCAGCUUCCUCUGCCACAAGGCUUUCUUCUGUGGCCGCAGCGACUACUUCCGGGCCCUGCUGGAUGACCACUUUCGAGAGAGUGAGGAACCUGCAGCCUCUGGGGAGCCCCCAGUUGUCACCCUGCAUGGCAUCUCCCCAGAGAUCUUCACUCAUGUGCUGUACUAUGUAUACAGUGACCAUACUGAGCUGCCCCCUGAGUUGGUCUAUGACGUGCUCAGUGUGGCUGACAUGUACCUUCUACCUGGCCUGAAGCGGCUUUGUGGCCGCAGCCUGGCCCAGCUGCUGGAGGAGGACAACGUGGUGGGUGUCUGGCACAUAGCCAAGCUGUUUCGCCUGGCCCGGCUGGAGGACCAGUGUACUGAGUACAUGGCCAAGGUCAUUGAGAAGCUGGUGGAGCGAGAGGACUUUGUGGAGGCGGUGCGGGAAGAGGCGGCAGCUGUGGCCGCCCGGCAAGAGACAGACUCCAUUCCACUUGUUGAUGACAUCCGCUUCCAUGUGGCCAGCACAGUCCAGACCUACAGUGCCAUUGAAGAGGCGCAGCAGCGGCUGCGGGCACUUGAGGACCUGCUCGUGUCCAUUGGCUUAGACUGCUGAGCCCUUGCUGUUCUGCAGCCCUGCAGCUAG